AUGGAUGCCGAUGUCGAUGAGAUCGGUGUCGAUGAUGAUGAUGACGACGAUGCUGGCAUAUUCAGCAUCGCCAAUGACUGCCAAAGUGAGGACGAUGACGUCUUUACUGGUAAAGACAAUGUUCUCUCAGCAGUGCACACGAAGCGCACUGCUGUUGACAAGGAUGAAUCAGCAGAGAAAUUUCAGCUGACUCGCGAAGCGGUUGUCUGCUUCGUUUAA